AUCCAUCCUGCUACAGCAUUUCACUUUUGACAACUACGUAGAUGUGCAGAUCUUCAUGAAGCAAACCAACAUGGAUGAAGGACUCAAACAUGAGAAGAUGACUCAAGUGUUGACUGAGAGAGGGAGGCCUCCUUCUCCGAGACCAGCGGUUCUGACCAACCAGUGGGACUCUGUGGAGUCGGACACAGAGAGCUUGGCCCAGGAGAGAGCUUAUCAGCAGCAGCAGCUACAAAUGCCUAUUGGGUGUCAUGAUCAAAACAAAUACAUUCUUUCCCAGGAGGAGAAUGCUGACAGCUUACAACAGGGACGUGGAGAGGCUGAAUAUACAAAUGAAGAUCUUCAAGUUUGUGAUAGCCUUCAUGUAGCAGCACACCCGCUUGCCAACAGAAAUCCCACCCUGUCACAGACUGAAUAUUUGGAUACACAGAUGGAUGAAAGAGCAAGAACGAGCCAGCUGCUCACGGACGAUGUCUACUCUGAGCUACGCUAUGACCCCAACUGGAGAACCAACCUGAGGGGAACCACCUGCUUCAAUGAGAGUCCACAGAAUUCUUUUGAGGAAUAUUAUGAAGUCCCUAAAGAGAAAUCUAGACAGUCAUGUGGUGACAGCCAAGGACUCAGAAUAAAAGCAGGAUACAGGUACAUCAUCGACACAAGUCCAGCUUCUGUGGUGACUCCUCAUUUGACUGGCGAUGAAUCUGACCAGCCGUACCGCCUACACCCACAACAUGGUCAGACUAGUUCAGUAACAUCUCCCCACUGUCACAACCUUGCUUUACAACUUGGAUCACCAAAGGCUGACCAUUCAAAGCCGUCCUGCCUUUUCACUAAAGAUGACAGUGACAAUGUUGGGCAAUAUAACAGGUCUCCUGAGCAGCCCAAUGAUAUAUGUGUUGUGUCCAAGAAUAUCCAAGAACGCACACAAGGAGGACCCACUCAAAUACAACAAAUGAGCACACCCUCAGUUCCCAAGGUUGUUUUGAAAAACAAGCUUGAAAGACUGACGAAGGACAUAGUGGAACGCAACAAAAAAACACUGGGGCGCAACACAUCCAAAUGUGGAUCCUACGUGAGUGUGCAUGCACUCAACCGGGAGAUGCCUCAUCAUGUCAAUAAGGGGCGUGGAACUCUUAUUAAGAAGACUGCCAGCUCAGAAAGUCAAAAGGACAGCUCAGACCCCAAGCCAAAAACACAGCAGUUGAGGGUCACCCAGAUCAGUGAAGGGAAGAAAGCCCAGCGGAAAGAAAACCCCAACCGCCCUCCACAGCAACAGCAGACCCCUGCCCUGGGGGUCAGCGCUGAGUUGGGGGACCGUCUGAGCUCCCCAUUGGAAAAACCAGCUGCUGCAGGUCAGCCCAACCCUCACAAGACGACUUCAUCACAGCCUUUGGUCACCAACAUCCACCUCAACACUUCAUACCCUCUCCUUCCGUUAAUCCAGCAGAGGGGCCAGGAAGACAGCAUCAAUUUAGCAUGUCUUCAUGCUUGUCCUAAUUGGAGCCCUGCAUCUGAACUUGCCCUGUCCUCUGGAUAUCAACUAACAAUUUCAGGAAGGUCCUCCCAGACGUCUCACAGAGGUGUAAGCGCACAUCUCCACCAGCAAAACCUGGAGAGUAGCCCUGAACAAUGGCAAAGGACAGCUGCAUUGAAGUGGCUUUUAUCCUCUGAAGGGGAGGACCAAAAGUGUCCAAAUGAGGUUCAAACUAAACAAUUUUCACCAAACCUUCCCAGGACACCCACCACCACUUUUUCAGGCUCCUACACAGUUCUGCCCCCUAUAACAGAGUCAACGACAGGAAAAGAGCCUGACAUAAGCACAGUGAACACAGCCUACCCCAUUCAUAGAAGCUGCUCAGACAGUUACCUGGGUCACAUGGAGAAAGAGAAGCAGCUGAGGACCGGAGUCGCUUACAAGGCAUACAGCCUGAAAGACUACAAGCAGCUGAAGUCCGAUAUAAAUCUGCGAGGCCUGGGUCCUGACUACUCGGCCAUUGAAAAGACAGCUGAGAAAAUGAAACGACAGAAGCUGUAUUCAAAUGUGAUCCGUGAGCAGAACAAAACCAUUAGCAGGAUUCCCUUUCUACUGGCCAAGGACCCGGAAGGCAAUGACAAGAAAGUUCCCAGGAUGAAGGCUUUGGAAUAUGCCAAAACAAUAGCCAAACCCCCAGUACAGUCUCAACCAAAACAGAGACCCAAACACUGGUCCAAAGGCUUCACAGAGCCUGCUCCUUACUUGGAGGACUUGGACGUCUCCCAGCUGGCCACGCUGGAAGUCCUUCGAAAACGGCAUGAAGAAGAAAAGCAGGCUGUGGCACGCUUCAAAAAAGUACAUGCUGUCUGAGGCAAGGUGCAAUUCACAUUAACAGUCCAUGGAACCUGUGCUCUCAUAGAUUCACACUCCAAGACGUAGGAAACAUGUUGCUGCCUUAUUAAAUUUGCUAAGCCUAGUGUCACAUCAGCAUUCAUUACCACGUACAUUUUGUACAGAUUUUUCAAAAUAAUUACAAAAAGAUGGAAAAACAUAAUUUCUGAGGAGGUUGGCAGCCUCAGCCAGCAUCUGUGUUACUUUUAACAUUGUAUGUCACCAGGUCAGAUUGGACAAAAAAAUUGUUUUCUCCAUAGAUGCCAGAGAGUAGAUUUACAAUGGUCAUUUUGUUGCUUGGAUUUGGGAUUUGUGCUUUCUUAAAUUCUUGGAAGUUAAUGGAGACAUAAAAUCUCACAACUGCCACCACGCCACACAACACACAGAGGAAUUAACCACCGAGACCCUAACUCCUUGAUGUAGACUUGACUACAGCGUAGGAAUGGCCUAUAGUUCAGUGUUUGAUUUAUUCUCUUGAUUGUUGUAGCAGCUUUUAAUGGUACUGUCAUGCAUGAUCAGGCAAUGUAGUGUUUUCACUCCUUGCGUACAGUAAUCAUGUUUAAUGACGUUCUCUCCCUGACUGUGCACUUGAAAUGGCUAUGCAACGUUGCAAAAAUGCAAAAUAGAGCUUUUUAUCUAUCUUACUAUGAUCUUCUCUGUAUAAAACAUUACUGGUAUCAAAAACAUGUUAACACAUGUA